UUGAUUUCGGACGCCAUGGCAACGCUCACCGCUCCGCCGGGCUUGGAGCCCGUCGAUGCCGAGGUCAUCGAGGUGCCUGCAGGGACAGCAGCGGGCGCGCGGAGGAAGCUGUUCGAUCCACAUUUGGAGCCGGAAGCCAUUGAAGAUGGCCUGGCCUCAGGAUCAUUGAUCCGUGGCACCAUCCGAGUGAGCAGCUCCAAAGUUAGCAUGGCCUUUGUGCGUCCCGAUGGUGCCAAGAGCCAGGACCGUGAAUGGGUGGUUCGUGGCACCAAGUAUCGCAACCGAGCGGUGCAUGGGGACACCGUGAUCAUUCAGCCCAUUUUGUAUGGCCGAAGCGAGGAUUCUUCUUCUGAAGAUGAGCCGGUGAUGGCCACUGCUAUCGCCUCGGAUUCGGAUGAGGAGGUGGUUUUUACCAAACCCAACGUGGCUGGAAGUGCAGCUAUUCAGCGCGAUGAGGAGGAGGUGAAAAUGGCCAAGGUGGUCGCAAUUGCAGAGAAGAAGGGUUCAGGUCGUGUAUUGGUUUGUACCCUGCAUCCCGACCGACAAAAAAAGGGCGACGGCCAAGUGCAUGCCGAAGAUAGCUUUGUGAAAGCUAUUCCAACUGACAAGCGUUUGCCCACCAUGCUGCUACAGAUCAAUCAUGUGACCAAAAAAGUGCUGAAACUGCCUGGGAAACUUGACCCCUUCAUUUUGUGGCCCAUGCAGAUCAUCACGUGGAACGAAUUUUCCAAGCAACCUUUAGCCAAGUUUCAGGGUCAAUGUUUGGGUCGAGCUGGAAGUCUAGAAGCAGAAGAGAAGCACGCAUUGAUCGCCAAUGAAUUGGAUGAUCAUGAUGUUGACUUCCCCGAUGAUGAGUUGGAUGAGGUGGAUGGAAUCGUGAGAGAGGCGAAGGAGAACUUCCUGUCGGAGGUGGCCAAGCGAAAAGAUCUUCGAAGCCUACGGAUCUUCACCAUCGAUCCAGCCACGGCUAAAGACUUGGAUGAUGCCAUUCAUGUGGUGGAUCUCCCAAACAAGAACCAGAUUGAGGUGGGAGUUCACAUCGCUGAUGUGGCCCAUUUCCUGAAGCUGGGGACCGUCACUGAUAAGGAGGCACAAAGGAGAUCCACUUCGGUGUAUCUCAUUGGACGUGUGCUGCCUAUGUUGCCUCAUGGCUUGUGCAACCACCUGUGCUCGUUGAACCCCAACGAGCCCAAGUUGUCCUUCUCGGCCUUCUUCCGACUUUGCAAACGCUCAGGGAAUUUGAUCCAGGAUCCUGCACCCUGGUUCGCCAAGACGGCCAUUUCCUCAGUGUGUCGCCUCAACUAUGAUCAAGCACAGGAGGUCAUUGAUGAUAUCGAGAUAGAGGAGACGAAACGACCUGCGGUGCAUGGUGGUUACACCUGGCAAGAAAUCAAAGAUGACAUCAAGCUGUUGUAUGAAGUCUGUGGCAAAGUACGAAUGGGAAGGCUGACGGGAGGUGCAAUGACCAUCAGCAAAACCAAGAUGAUUUUUCACACCAUGGACAGUGAAGAUGGCAUCCCCAUGGGCUACCACUUGGAGUCACACAGUGCAUCUCAUUGGGUCAUCGAGGAGCUCAUGCUGUUGGCCAACCGCUGCGUUGCCACGCGUUUGUUUAACUCGGCCAUCAAGGAUUUCUCGGUGCUGCGAAAUCACAAACCUCCUGAGAAUAAAAAGGCACAGACUCUACAGAAGCUGAUGCGCGAGCAGCUCGGGAUCAAAGACUUUGACAUGAGCUGCGCCAACGCCAUCUACAAGUCCUGCCAAGACAUCUACGAAAAGCAUGGCAAAAUGCUGGGCCUUUGCGUCGAAAUGAUGGUCAUGCGAGCCGGAAUGCAGCAGGCCGAAUACUUUGUUUGUGGAGUAGAUGAUGAGGAGGACGAUGAGCCAAAUCCACACCACUUCGCGCUGAAUUUCGAUUACUACACGCAUUUCACGUCACCCAUCCGCCGCUACCCAGAUGUCAUGGUCCAUAGGGUUCUUCAUGCCCUGCUGGAGAAUCAACUUAAGCCUAGCGAGCGUGGUGAGAGUGGUGAGACUGAAGUGGAUGAUGAGAAUGAGGACGAAGAUGAGAAUCCAACGCGAACACGCUACUUCCAAAGCCGCAAAAGAGCGAAAGAGCAGGUGAAGAUUUGCAACACCAAGAAGGUCAAUUCGAGAAGAUGUCAGGAACAGCUGGAUCGUGCCGUGUUUUGCAUUUUCCUGCGAUCCAUGAAAUCCUGGUUCUACACUGUGGGUACUGUCCUUUCCUUGAAUCACUCGGCUCGAGAUGGAGACGGAAUUUCGAUCUAUUGCUCUCAGCUGGGCAGAGAGAGCAAAGUGGCCCUUCGGUCUCAAGACCCGGAAGACGAGGAAAGCAAUGAAAGCAAAUUGGAACUUUUCAUGAACGAAGUUGAUGAUGAGCUCAUGCUGCCAAAGAAUUGGGAGUGGCAAGGCCGAGGUGGUAUCCAGAUUACUUGGAAAUCUCCAGAUGGCAGUGAAGAACACAUCCAAAAAUUGCAGAUGCUGUCCUGUGCUCCCAUUGUGAUCAUUCCAACAAAUACGGUCCCCAUUGACUAUGCCAUGUUCUUGGUAUCUCCAUUCCACAAGAAGUUCAACCAGGUUCGUAAGGAUAUUGCUAAGGAGGAGGUGGAUGGCUUUGCUUGGGCAGACGAAGAGGACGAAGAAGGGGUGGAAACCUGUUACGACGCAUCUGGUUACCCCGAAGCCGCGUAAAGCUGUGGCGACGACCCUGGAACUGGCUGGGUAAUGUCAAGCACUGGCUGCUGUGGGAAAA